AUGGCGCAGGUCGACGACGCGACUGGCCAGCGCUCGAGCAUGCUCGCCGCGCUGCGGGCCACCCUCGGCGCCGCGGGAGGUGCUCCAGAGGCAGACGCCGACUCCGGCACCGACCACCUCCAGGAGGACCCGUACUUCGAGGGCGGCCUGGCAGCACUGGCAGAGCCCCCGGCGACGCCGUCGUUCGCCUCCGCCGCGGAGCCUCCCGCGGAGCUCCCCGCGGACCCCGGCGCGGGCGUCGGCGUCGUCGGCGCCGCGGCGGCGGUGUCUGGCGGCAGCUUCGACGACGUAAUGGGGAAGCUGGAUCGCGGCCUGAACGCCCGCCAGAAGCUGAUCGACGCUCUGAAGGGAUGUUCUGGGCAGGUGCUCUGA